CCGAAUUGUGUGGGCAGCUAGCUGGUCGAAGAAGAAGAAGAAGGAGAAGAAGAAGCAAGGCCUCGAGCAGGUAUGGCGAGCAGCUGGCUAUGCGCGCCACAUCUACACGGAGGACUCCAUCCCUCCUUCAUCGUCGAUUCCGCUUCGCCAUUACAGAAAUGCCGCAUUCGCACCCCUAGUAUGUCUCGGCCGGCGAUCGGAAACAGUAAUUCUGGCCGCCGCAGCAGAAUCAAAUGUGGAAGCAGCUUCAAUUAUAACAGCUCGGGCACUCAGCCCCAAAGAAGCGGAAUUCAGCUUUAUCAAGAUAUUGAAAGACUGCUCACUAGCACAGCCAAGAAGUCUCAAGAUACUUGGGGCACCUCAAAAGAUUGGAAGGAAGUUGAGGGAACAUGGGUAUUAGGACCACGAAACACAAAACCAAGGCUAAUUGUACACUUUGUUGGAGGUGUUUUCGUUGGGGCUGCUCCUCAGCUUACCUACCGCCUAUUCUUGGAGCGUCUUGUUGAGAAGGAUAUAUUGGUGAUUGCUACUCCUUAUGCAAGUGGUUUUGAUCACAACUUCAUUGCAGAUGAGGUGCAGUUCAAAUUUGAUAGGUGUCUUCGAUUUCUCCAGGAAACAGCACAAGAUCUUCCUAUUUUUGGCAUUGGCCAUUCGCUGGGUUCUGUUAUUCACCUUUUGAUUGGCUCAAGGUAUGCUAUUCAGAGAAGUGGGAACGUAUUAAUGUCAUUUAACAAUAAGGACGCGAGCCUUGCGAUUCCAUUGUUCUCUCCCUUUCUUGUCCCAAUGGCACAAAGCGUUGGACCAUUUCUUUCACAAAUUGCAACUUCACCAACGGUUCGUCUUGGGGCAGAGAUUACUCUAAAGCAACUAGAGACUCUUAGCCCUGCAAUUGUGAAGCAAGUACUUCCUUUGGUUGAACAACUUCCUCCUUUGUACAUGGACUUGAUUAAUGGAAGAGAAAAUUUCAUUCCUAGGCCUGAAGAAACAAAAAAACUGAUAAAGUCAUACUAUGGCAUUCCAAGGAAUCUAUUGAUAAAGUUCAAAGAUGAUACAAUUGAUGAAACUCCAGUACUUGCUCAGCUGCUUAGUACGGAUUCUGCUAUCAGUUCAAUGCUGGAUAUGUCUAUUCGAUCUCUACCAGGAGGCCAUGGGCUGCCCCUACACCAGGCUCUGGCAAUGACAAAUGCUGUUAACAAGAGCGGGGAGCUUCUGGCGAAUUUGACUGCAGGAACACCGUGGGAAAGCUUCGCUAAAGAAAUGGGCAAUGCUUUGGGUGGUGUGGAUUCGAAUGUCAUUCGUGCUGAAGAAUCAAAAGACCUUGAUCUGCUCAUACAUGUAACCACUUCAUGGAUGGCUUCAAAUUCUGGGCCUAGACUUCCACCAAGCAGCUGAGCUUGUUACUCAUCAUGCCCCCCACAAAAAGCAAGAAAACAAAAGAUCAGGUAUUUAAGUAUGAGUGAAAUAAUAUCUUAAUAUAGAUUCGGAGUAUUAUUAUUUUAAUGACUUCUUUUUAUAAAUAAAAUACGCUUGGUGUG